CCAGGCUGGUCUCCAGAGGUGGUGGAGCUGUGCAAGAAGUAUCGAAAUGACUCUGUGGUGGCCAUUGACCUGGCUGAAGGUGAACCUUCAGAGACCCUAAAGGUGGAGAUUGACUCUGAGCAUAAGAAGGCUUAUGAGGAAGCUGAGAGAUGUGGGAUUCACCGCACUGUCCAUGCUGGGGAGGUCGGACCUGCUGCCAUGGUCAAGGAGGCAGUUUAUGUCCUGAAGGCCGAGCGCAUUGGCCAUGGAUACCAUGUCCUGGAGGACCCUGAGCUCUACAAGGAGCUGCUGAGAACAAAGAUGCAUUUUGAGGUCUGCCCUUGGUCCAGUUAUCUCACUGGAGCAUGUUCUCCGGACUUCACCAAACACCCCGUAAUACAAUUUAAGAAGGAUCGUGCCAACUAUUCUCUAAACACGGAUGACCCCCUCAUCUUUAACUCCACCAUUGACAAGGAUUAUGGCAUAGUCAAGGAAUACAUGGGCUUCACCGAAGAGGAGUUCAAGAGAGUUAACAUCAACGCAGCCCAGUCCAGCUUCUUACCUGAGAAGGAAAAGCAGGAGCUGCUCAACAAGCUGUAUGAAGCCUAUGGGAUGGUCCCCAACACAUCGUGACCCAUCCCUGUGAGCCAGCAUGGAGC